GAAACAGUCUAGCAAGAGCAAGCCUGGAUCAAAUACCGCUUCCAAGCGACUUGCCGAUAGUCACGCAUCUAGUCAUGAUCAAAAAAAAAUGAAGCUGUCGCAGGAAGUGAGUGGUGCUAGAUCAGGGGGUGCCACUUUUGCCAAAAGACCACUAUUGAGUACAACACCGCUCGCCGAGAAAGAGGACAGUGCGAAGAAUUCACAUGGCAAUUUAAAACGCAAAAAAAGCAAGCUAUCGCAUAGCCCGCCGGAUAUGACGCAAGCGGGGAGUAAACAGCCCACGUCCCACCUACAAGUCGCGGAAGGGAAAAGUCUCAAUGUUUCUAGUAACCGGUCCUCCGGCAAUAGCAGGCCGGUAUUGACCCCGAGUUCCGGCGCUACACAUGAAGCCGAGAAACAUGAUGGCGAGGGCGAUAAAAAUGGUGCCAACUCCGUACCGGCCAACAUGCCAACAUUCGGGAAGGUGGAUAUGCCUACCCUAGGACCACGAGGUACCGGUAUAGUAAGCCUGACUAAUUCAGUUAUCUUUUCCAGCAAAUAUUCUGAAGAGUGUCUGGAUCAAACAAAAUUCUGACGAUCUAAUUAAAUCACCCUGCCUUGACCUACCGCUUAGGUUCUGUGAAAAUAAAACCAUCUACGCCAGAGCCAGAGGAUAUUGCAGACGAGAUUGAUGCGGCGAUCGACUCGGAUGUAAGUGUCUACCAUAUUAAGGGACAGCACUUAAAUCUUACGAGUUGAGGCACGUUGUUGUGUUCAACUGUGAAUGUGCACUCCUUAGUUCGCACUGAUUGUGUAACCGGCUAACAUUCUAGUACAUAUCACAACCUACUAUGUAGGACUCUGCCGAGGAAUCCGAGGAGAACAUGCGUGCGCCGAAUGACGAUGACUUCGACUCAGAGGCUUCGCCAACGCUUAUCAUGGAUACUGGUCACAGCGACUCAGAAUAGUGUAUAUGAAAGGCAGUCUAACAAGGACUAUCCAAUAUUGGGGGAUCACUUCGGCAAAGAUAGACACUCAGGUCGGCACAUAUCCAUGAAUUCAGCACAUGACGCAGGUCCAUAGCUUGUUGUAAUGAACGCAUACAGUGAUGAGCAUUAAGGUCUUGAGGCAAACAUAACUUUAGGAUGACAUUCCAAGAUUAGGCGGUAUUGUGGGAAUACAAAUCCCAUAUUUCUCAGUCGUCACCGCAACACACCUCAGCGCUGCAAACCUCCAGUUGCGCGUCACAAGUAUCAUCGAAACAGCACCUUUGUCGUUUGAGCAAAACCAUGCCAUCCUCCUUGCAAGUGGUCUCGUCUAUAACUGCUUCGCACCUCAGAAGAGAAUCGCCGUCCAUAGACUCUGAAACAAAGGACAUUGCCGCAGUAGCAGGUCGUACCCACACCCCGCAACAUAAUUCUGCACUACACUCGUCAAAUUCUUCACAGCCUUCAGCCACGCAACAACUUUUGCGCGUCUCAAAAUCUGACCGAUUGUCACAGUCGCUACUUAUAUAUUCUUCUCCGCAUGUUGUGGAAGACGUGUUGCUUUCCAGUUCCUCAAAUUCGUCCUCGCCGUCAGAAGUGUCAGUGACGAUAUCAAUGCUAUGGUCGAUACAGGCAAACUCGGCGUCCGACCACACCUGGUCCAGGUCUUUGCAACGGCACUCACUAUUCCUUAGUAUCGAUCCUGAAGGGCAAUCGUCAACACAAUAGUCUUUCAGUUCAUUCCAGAUCGGGUAAUCUACCGCGCACUCACAUUCUCCCGAGUCGUUUCGCACUUGAUUUAUCUUGCAUCUAGAUUGACGGGUCAUCAAAGAGUGAUACUGUAUACGACUCUGAUUUUGAACUAUAUUGACCUCUGGUACUUUUGCAGCGUAUGAUGCAGGGGCCCCACAGGCCAGCCGUGCUAUUGAGAUCAUUAUUAAUAACUCUAAGGUGUUUCUAAAAGGUUGCAUAGUGGAUUAGUGAGUUGUGGGAGAAUAUAAAUUUAAAAUACCAAGUAACAGUAUAACAGCAGGUUAUUAUAUAUGUUUUAAAGUCUGUAGUUGUAAAUAUCAAAUAUGAAAAGUUGCAUAGAGGAUUAGUGAGUUGUGGCCUUGUGGGAGAAUAUAAACUUUAAAGAAAUAUGUACCAAGUAACAGUAUAAC